UAUCCGGAUUCUACGAGCGGACUCGGAGCUCCACGGUCCCCGCCGCGGUCGGCACAUGCGCGACGGCGCCGCUCCCUCUUCCUCCGCCUCCACUGGCUCGCUCCGUCCGGGCAGCCGCCGCCACCGCCGCCGAGGAGUCAGGAAGUUCAAGAUGGCCGCCGCGGAGGCCCCGUCGCUGCGGGAACAGCCAGAGAUGGAAGAUGCUGAUAAUUCUGAAAAGAGUGUAAAUGAAGAAAAUGGAGAAGUAUCAGAAGACCAAUCUCAAAAUAAGCACAGUCGUCACAAAAAAAAGAAGCAUAAACACAGAAGUAAACAUAAGAAACAUAAACAUUCCUCAGAAGAAGAUAAGGAUAAAAAACAUAAACAUAAGCAUAAACACAAGAAACACAAAAGAAAAGAGGUUAUCGAUGCUUCUGACAAAGAAGGUAUGUCUCCAGCAAAAAGAACUAAACUUGAUGAUUUAGCUUUGCUGGAAGACUUGGAGAAGCAGAGAGCCCUGAUUAAAGCUGAACUUGAUAAUGAGCUGAUGGAAGGGAAGGUGCAGUCUGGGAUGGGGCUCAUCUUACAGGGCUACGAGUCUGGCUCUGAAGAAGAGGGGGAGAUUCACGAGAAGGCGCGGAACGGGAGCAGGCCCAGCACUAGGCCUUCCAGCACGAGAGGGAAGCUUGAACCUACGGACAAUAAAAACAGCGCGAAAAAGCGAAGUAAAAGCAGAUCCAAAGAACGGACUAGACAUAGGUCUGAGAAGAAGAGAAGUAAGGGAGGCGUUGAAACAGUCAAAGAGAAGACAACGAGGAGUAAGUCCAAGGAGAGGAGGAGGUCCAGAAGUCCCUCCAAAAGAAGCAAGUCUCAGGAUCAAGCGAGAAAGUCGAAGUCUCCCGCCCUGAGAAGGCGCUCUCAGGAGAAGAGCGGGAAGGCCAGGUCGCCCGCUGACGACAAGGCCAGGGCCGAAGAUAAAAGUAAGUCGAAAGAUAGGAAAAAAUCCCCAAUUGUAAACGAAAGUAGGAGUCGUGACCGAGGCAAAAAAUCUCGAUCCCCAGUUGACUUGAGAGGUAAAUCCAAAGACAGGAGGUCACGGUCCAAAGAGAGAAAAUCGAAACGGUCUGAAACUGAUAAAGAAAAGAAGCCAGUUAAAUCUCCCUCUAAGGAUGCUUCCUCUGGGAAGGAAAACAGGUCGCCCAGUAGGAGGCCUGGUCGCAGUCCUAAAAGAAGAAGUCUGUCUCCGAAACAGCGUGAUAAAGCGAGAAGGAGCCGCUCUCCGCUCGUGAACGACAGGCGGUCCAAGCAGAGCAAGUCGCCCUCCCGAACUCUGUCUCCUGGACGGAGGGCCAGAAGCCGGUCCCUGGAGAGGAAGCGGAGGGAGCCUGAGAGGAGGCGCCUGUCUUCUCCAAGAACACGACCUCGAGAUGACAUCCUCAGUAGACGGGAAAGGUCGAAGGAUGCCAGCCCGAUCAGUAGGUGGUCUCCAGCCCGAAGAAGAGCAAGCAGGUCUCCCGUCAGAAGGAGGUCUCGCUCCCCGCUCCGGCGCAGCCGGUCUCCCCGAAGAAGAAGCAGGUCUCCUCGGAGAAGGGACCGAGGUCGGAGAAGCAGAUCACGCUUGAGAAGGCGGUCUCGAUCUCGGGGGGGUCGUAGGCGCAGGAGCAGAAGCAAAGUGAAGGAAGAUAAGUUUAAAGGAAGUCUUUCCGAAGGAAUGAAAGUGGAACAGGAAUCUUCAUCUGAUGAUAACCUUGAGGACUUCGACGUGGAGGAGGAAGAUGAGGAAGCCCUGAUAGAGCAGCGGAGGAUACAGAGGCAGGCGAUCGUUCAGAAAUACAAAUACCUUGCUGAAGACAGCAACAUGUCCGUGCCGUCCGAGCCCAGCAGCCCCCAGAGCAGCACGCGCACGCGCUCACCUUCCCCGGAGGACAUCCUGGAGCGGGUGGCUGCGGACGUCAAAGAGUACGAACGGGAGAACGUUGACACGUUCGAGGCCUCGGUGAAAGCCAAGCACAACCUGAUGGCCGUGGAGCAGAGCAACGGUUCAUCUCAGAAGAAGCUGUUGGCACCUGAUAUGUUUACAGAAUCCGAUGAUAUGUUUGCUGCAUAUUUUGAUAGUGCGCGUCUUCGGGCUGCUGGCAUUGGGAAAGACUUCAAAGAGAACCCCAACCUCAGGGACAACUGGACUGAUGCCGAAGGCUAUUACCGUGUGAACAUAGGUGAAGUCCUGGAUAAGCGUUACAACGUGUAUGGCUACACCGGCCAGGGUGUGUUCAGUAACGUGGUCCGAGCCAGGGACAACGCCAGAGCCAACCAGGAGGUGGCCGUGAAGAUCAUCAGAAACAACGAGCUCAUGCAAAAAACGGGUUUAAAAGAAUUAGAAUUUUUGAAAAAACUUAAUGACGCUGAUCCUGAUGACAAAUUUCAUUGUUUGCGACUCUUCAGACAUUUUUAUCACAAACAGCAUCUCUGUCUCGUGUUCGAGCCUCUGAGUAUGAAUUUACGAGAGGUGUUAAAAAAGUACGGUAAGGAUGUUGGCCUUCAUAUUAAGGCUGUAAGAUCCUAUAGUCAGCAGUUGUUCUUGGCACUGAAACUCCUUAAAAGAUGCAAUAUCCUCCAUGCAGAUAUCAAGCCAGACAACAUCCUGGUUAAUGAAUCAAAAACCAUUUUAAAGCUCUGUGAUUUUGGGUCGGCUUCACACGUGGCAGACAACGACACGACGCCCUACCUUGUCAGUAGAUUUUACCGCGCUCCUGAGAUCAUUAUAGGCAAAAGCUAUGACUACGGCAUAGACAUGUGGUCUGUAGGCUGCACCUUGUAUGAGCUCUACACUGGAAAGAUUUUAUUUCCUGGCAAAACCAAUAACCACAUGUUGAAGCUCGCCAUGGAUCUCAAAGGAAAGAUGCCAAAUAAGAUGAUUCGGAAAGGCGUGUUCAAAGACCAGCAUUUUGAUCAGAACCUCAACUUCAUGUACAUAGAAGUGGAUAAAGUGACAGAGAGGGAGAAAGUUACUGUCAUGAGCACCAUUAAUCCAACCAAGGACCUGUUGGCCGACCUGAUUGGGUGCCAGCGACUUCCAGAAGACCAGCGUAAAAAAGUCCACCAGCUGAAGGACUUGCUGGACCAGAUCCUAAUGUUGGACCCAGCUAAACGGAUCAGCAUCAACCAGGCCCUGCAGCACGCCUUCAUCCAGGAGAAGAUUUAAACGAGACGAAGACGCUCCCAGGGUUUGCAUAAUUAAAUACAAAGACUGAAGAAAUUUCACAGCAGUCUAUUAAUGUAUAUAAACUUAUAAAUAUUUCUCCAGCAAAUUUGAGGAAGCAUGAUAUAUUUGAAUUAACACCAAGGGUGAUAUUUCUUUUAGAAAUGUUAGUUUACUUGUUUUGUGUCUUACGUGAAGUUUCACUGUAGAACUGUUUUAAUUGCCAAGACUGCACAGAAUCACAGUGCUAAUGUAAGUGGUUGCAGCUCACAGGAAAGACAGAGCAUCUGUUACAAAAUGAGUAGUAAUGCUGGGUGGUUGAUCUAUUUAGCAGAGUUGGCUUCAUUGUGGUGUUGAGGUGGGAUGGCCAGCAUAAAUGCUGUUUAUAUUCACGUUUCCCUAGGUGUGUGCGCAGGCCACAGCAGCAUGCCCUGGGUGUGGUCAGUGCCGCAAGGGGUCUGUUCCUUCUUGAGCCUGCCUGCAGGGAUGGUCUCCUCUUUUAAAGCAGGUUGUGUACAACAUUCAGUACACUGAAGGUAAGCUAAACCAUCAACAUCACUGGUGUUUUAAGAUGUUAUUUUAUUGGAACAAUUGACAAAUGAGGGAUAUUAGCUUUGUGGCAGAAUUCCCUGCAUGUGUGAUAACUGAUCUUGUUUUAUUUUUGGCAUUGCAACUGUGGCAUAGUUACAAUUUCUGUUCUGUUCAUCACAUUUAAAAUUGGAAGAGUAUGCGCUUGAUGGAUAGAGCGCCUUCAGUGUACUGUUUCUUAUUAACUUUAAUUUUUUUAAAUCAACUUGCUAUAGACUUUAUAUACAUUUUGUUAAAUACAGUUCCUAGUGACAUAGAAACAAGGCGUAGUUUUCAUUUACUAAUAACAAAUGUUGAGGCCCGAUUCUGGAAGUCCUCAUAUUUAAAAUUUAGCUAGACAACAUAAUGAAAUUUUUAACUAUUUGUAUGUCAUUUUGAAAGUGUACUGCUUUAUGGUAAAAGUGUUUUUCAUUUGUUCAUUGUUUUCAUUAUUUGUGAUCAUGUUGUCUUUCAAUACAGGCAUAACCCUCCCACUCUUGAACAAAGCAGCUGCUUUUUAAAAGCGGUAAUUGCUUCUUUACCUUUUAUUUCUUUUGUAAAUGAAGCUUUUCUUUAAGAAUGUGACUUUAAAGUGUUGUCUAUUGCAUAAAACAGUUGACACUCACUUAUUGUAAAGUGAAGAUUGUUCUACUGCAUGUGAAGUGGACCAUGCAGAUUUCUGUAUGUUCUCAGUAUGCAUCACUAGAUAAUAAAGUCUUUUGUGAACAAGGCAUUUGUAGCCAUUUUUAAAAGUUUUUGUCUUCAGUGCUGGUAAGUCAGGUAAACCGUAUAUAGUUAAGAGCAACCUUGCGUUUUUUCCUUUAAGUCUUAACUGAAAGAAUUAUUUGUUAAAGAUGUGAACCUAGCCACAAGUUUAUCAUUUUAUUAAUAAUUAGGAUCCUAAUCAUUUCAUCAAAAAAUUCUACCAGUAUUGUCAGCUUUCAGUGUAGUGAGGUAAUUCCUAUAGGUUACGGGGUGUAAUUCAGGAUUUAACUAAUGUUUCUGCUAUUUUCUCACUUUUCCUUCUGAUGGUGCGGAAAGAGAAAAAGGAAAACGGGGCACAGGCCACUCACCGCCUUCUCCAAGGGGUCUGAUUUGCUGAGACACCAGCUUCACCUUCUUAACAAGGCUCCUAAUUACAACACACAUGCACAUUUUGGUGCAUCCAAGAAUGGAAAAAUCAGAAUAGCAGCAUUCUCCUGGUGGGUUUUGCUCCAUGUGAAGGUGAUAGAUGCCAUAAUCAUGAUAGCCAGCUCUGACUCCACCCCGACUCCUUGUGGCUUAGACUUAAAGUCACCUAGAUGCAAGGUGGUGUUGGCCUCCAGGCGUGAAGCCUUUAAACAAGGCAUCACGCAUGCAGCCCUCGUGCCGUAAGGACGCGGCAGCGACGUCCCACCGUUACUUACUCUGGUGACGAUACGCUGCCUGGUCAGGUCUUCUGUAGUUUUUUCACUCAGAAUAGUUACCGUUUGAUGUUUCUGGUGAUUUUCAUGGUUCCAUUUUUAUACGUAAAUGUUUAAGUAAGUUAACUUCCACUAGAAACCGUUCAUCUUAUGCCUUCAAAACUGUUACGUGUUCUUUAAAAAACAAAGUUGCUUGUUACUUGUUCUUUGUGUUUUAGGUGCAGCUCAGUGGAAGAUGAUGACACCAGAAGACAUGAGCUAAGGGUAAGGGCCUGUCCUCCUGAAGAGCCUUUCCAUUUAGUGAUCAAGAUGUGGAAGCUGAUCUCUCAAAAUAGCGCGUGCCCGAGUUGCUCCCGGUGACACUUGAAUUGCAGCUGGGAUUUCAGCAGCAACGUUCCCAAGUUGACUUACUAGGAAAACUUAAUAAAAUAUGCCUCUUGUUACCA